CUCGUUCCUUUUUUUUUCUCUCCCCCUCCAUUAAAUGCAGCUCACAUGACAUCACAUUGCUGCAGUGCUGCACUGUCCAUGAAAGGUGUCAGCCGUUUCCUGUGAUAACCAAGAAACUGUCCACUUGGCUCUGCUCUCCUCCGCUCCAGACAUCAUCAUGGCGUGUCAGCGUGGAUUCCUCCAUGCCGCGCUCGUAUUUUUACGCAGGUGGACGUCUGCAUGAACGAGGCAGAGGCAGGCGCAUGUUUUUUUUUUCCUCCGGGAUACACAGCAAGAUCCCCACCGCCUCCUCCUCCUCCUCACAUCCCGCCCCGGAGAAAUCGACCCGCGUUCGGCUGUUUUGGGAAGAUGGACCAAGUCGUGUAUGAAAACUAAUUGCGCGCAUGACUGCGCAUAGUAUCAGAAGAGACUAGGGGGGGAAUAAACACACUAUCAGUCCAUGGGUGGGAUCCUUCCUGAUUGCGCCGCAGACAGAGGAAGUUAUGACAACAAACAGCUCCAGUGAUGAGCGGCGAACGGGCGCGAUGACCGCGUUUGGAACGAGAACAUCAGUGUUGGCGGAGAGUUUUCUUUAAGCCUCAAUUUGACGCCAACCUCCAGCCGGCAGGCUUUUUUUUAUUAUUAUUUUUAUUUUCAUUUAUUUUUUCAGGAGCGCCUGUGAGAAGAGCCCCGGACUGCAGUUCUCCAUCCCGACACACCAUCUCCACUGCGUUUCACGAGAGGCGUGAGAGUUGGAGGAAAUGUAACCCACCGGAUUUCUGCGUUAGAAAACCAUCCAGAAACGAGCGUUUUGUUGGAAGGUCUCACACUCUCCUAAACUCGGAUUUUAUUUUAUUUUUUUUAAUCCGAGCAGGAGAUUUAAUCUUUACUGCCUUUUUAAUUGGAUUCUUUCUGGGGAAUUUAUUAUUAUUAUUAUUAUUAUUAUUAUUAUUUUAUAUUUGAAGGUGGGCUUUUAUUUUCCCCCACCGCAGGUAACUGGGGACACCUUUCUGUGUUUCUGGUUUGUGACAUUCCAGCCUCAGAUUGACGCUUUCCCUGACGUCCUCCAGGAUUUUGCAGCGCCAAACUCUCGAUGGGGGAGGGUGUUUUUACGCGUGAAUUUGGAAUUAAUGAACGCCGGCUGCCGCCUGCGAUUCGCUGUGAAUUUAUUGAAAGAGAAGAAGAGGGUGCCGCCAGCUGAAUCAUGUGCACUGGGAUCAAACCUUUAUUGGUAUCUGCACCAUUAGUUCCACUUCUGGUGGUGGUUUUCUUUGACAGCCUGAUCAGAAUGCUGGUGAAGACCUAAUCAUGGAGACCUGAUAACUGGGCCUGGAGAAAAACAAUCGACAAUGGACCGGCUGGUUCUGUACGCGCUGCUGUGUGCAGCUCUGGUAAAGGUUUUCAUCUGCCCUGGCCACUGCAUCUGCCAGCACCUCUCCCCGACUCUGACUCUGCUCUGUGCAAAGAAGGGCUUGUUAUUCGUGCCCCCCACCAUUGACCGCAAGACCGUGGAGCUGCGGCUCACAGACAACUUCAUCACCAUCAUCCGCAAGAAAGACUUCCUCAACAUGACCAGUUUGGUCCACCUCACUUUGUCCCGCAACACAAUUAGUCAGAUUGUCCCCAACGCCUUUUUAGGCCUGCGCUCCCUGCGGGCGCUCCACAUGGACGGGAACCGGCUCAGCGUUAUAAAAAGUGACCACUUUAAGGGACUCAUUAACCUACGGCACCUCAUCCUCGGAAACAACCAGAUCCACCAAGUGGCCCCGACGUCUUUUGACGAGUUUGUUUCCACUAUUGAGGACUUGGAUUUUUCUAACAACAACUUGCGCAGCCUUCCCUGGGAAGCCAUAGCCAGGAUGACCAACAUUAACACCCUCACGUUAGACCACAACCUGAUUGACCACAUUGAAGCGGGAACAUUCACGCUGCUCACUAAGCUAGUCCGCCUGGACAUGACCUCUAACCGGCUGCAGAAGCUGCCGCCGGACAGCCUGUUCCAGCACGCUCAGGUUCUUUCUGAUGCCAAGGGCUCCAGCUCGUCCACGCUAGCCGUGAGUUUUGGCGGGAACCCGCUUCACUGUAACUGUGAGUUGCUGUGGCUGCGCAGGCUGACGAGAGAGGACGAUCUGGAGACCUGUGCUUCACCGGAACACCUCAUGGACAAAUACUUCUGGUCUAUCCAAGAGGAGGAGUUCAUCUGCGAGCCCCCACUGAUCACCAAACACAUUGCCUCCAAGCCAUUUGUGAUGGAGGGCCAAGGUGUGACUUUGAAAUGCAAAGCCGUGGGCGAUCCAGACCCGGAUAUUCACUGGCGGUCGCCAGACGGCAAGCUGGUGCAUAACAACUCUCGCACCAUCCUGUAUGAUAAUGGCACCCUUGAUAUUCUCAUCACCACGCUGAAGGACAGCGGGGCAUUCAACUGUGUGGCGUCCAAUGCUGCAGGCAUCGCCACAGCUGCUGUUGAGAUCAACAUGAUCCCCUUGCCUCUGUUUGUUAACAACACAGGCCACAUGCGUGAGGACCCGGGCCUCUCAGACAUCACCACCUCCUCCAAGUCUGGCAACGACACAAAAGGAUACGACAAGCAGGACAGGAGGGUGGUGGUCACAGAGAUGACCUCCUCCUCGGCUGUGAUCCGCUGGCCAUCUGAGCGCCACAUCCCUGGGAUCAGAAUGUACCAAAUACAAUACAACAGCACAGCGGAUGAUACUUUGGUGUACAGAAUGAUUCCAUCAACCAGCAAGAACUUUUUAAUCAACGAUCUGGCUGCCGGACGGGAGUAUGACCUCUGCGUGCUGGCGGUUUACGACGACGGCAUCACAUCUUUGACGGCCACACGUGUGGUCGGCUGCGUGCAGUUCCACACGGCCAACGAGGUCAGCCAGUGCCGCUUCAUGCACAGCCAGUUCCUGGGGGGCACCAUGAUCAUCAUCAUCGGCGGCAUCAUCGUCGCCUCGGUGCUGGUGUUCAUCAUCAUCCUGAUGAUCCGUUACAAGGCCUACAGCGGCCCGGUGGACAGCAAACCUAAAGUCAGCUCCAGCAUGCACUCGCAGACCAACGGCAGCCAGCAGCGGCUCCAGCGCUCCACUUCCAAGCAGCCGCAGUCGGACGAGGACCAGCAGGAGGCUCAGGCGCCCAAAGAAUGCAUGGCGCUGGUGCUCAGGGUGGACAGUGAGAAACAGGAGAAUCCAGCAGCCACCAGUGCUGUGCUGGAGGUAGAGCUGCCUCCAAAGGUGGACACGAUGAAAAGAAGAAGCAGCUUGGACGCCCAAUGCUCUGGGCCGCCAUCUGAGGACACGCAGACUGACAGUAGCCUGACAGGCUCCACCAUGUCUCUGUGCCUGAUAGGCUCCACUGCUGGCUCCAAGGAGGCCCCCAGGCUAAAGGACAAGAAAAGUGCUCUGGCCAACGUGGGGUUACUUCCUAAUGAGCUGGCACGAACUAGGCACCGAUUCUCGUUUGACGGUGGGGAUUACUCCAUAUUUCAGAGUCACAGUUACCCACGCAGAGCGAGGACGAGGUGGCACAAGUCCACCAACCAGCUCAACACGGAGUCAUCGCCGCUCGCCAACAGGAGAGUUACAUUCAGCAGCACCGAGUGGAUGCUUGAGAGCACAGUCUGAGGAAAACAUUGUAGCAAAAAAUAUAAUCUCAGCCACUCACAAACGUGUAAAAAACAAACACACAAUGCCAUAAACAACAAUGUUCCUGCACACAGCAGAUGGUAAAAAACAAGCACAUUUACAGACACAUGCUAACUCUCUGUGAGUCGCUGGAGAAAAACAGUCUCCCUUCAUCCUGCCUCUCCCUCAUCAUAUUUCCAGAAAGAUUUGUUGGCCAUGUCCUGUCUUUAUGCAGCAGUGCCUUAUUCUUUAAAUGUAUGAAUGGAGGAUGCUGCUCACUGUAGUCUUAAACCUUUCUCUCUGUCAUCGCCUCCCGCUCUGGUCAUGGGAAGCAUUUACUUUUUUUUUUCUUUUUUAAUUUUCACCAUUUUCUGUGGCUCGCCAAGGGGAUGUGGCAUUUGGAUGUGACUGUUUAAUUGUUAAAUAAAAAGAGGGGGCAAAAAAGAAAAAGAAAACAAACGGAGGAAAAUAAUUAAAAAAAAAUCUUCAUCAAGCAGUAACUGUAACGUGAACAGCCAGGUAUCCUGUUAUGUCAAUCAUGUUUUUGGUUCUUUCAAAGAAAAGAAAAAAAAAUUGCACAGAAGACACGAGAUACAAGGACAAGUAUCACCACCAGUCUAUACAACGUUAAUCAAAAAAAAAAGAAGAAAGUUUUCAAUGCUGAUUUCUAAUGUUAGUGGAGAAAAGGAAAGCUGUGGAUACUUGCCGUGGAUUCCUCUCUGACGGCCCGACUGUAUGAUGUUGAAUAAGUAUUGUUCCAGAUGUGACUGUAUAUUAAUCAGUACUGUAUCUGGCUGGUCUAGAUAAAAGGCAACAAACAAACAAAAAAAGAAGACAUAUAUAAGUAUAUUACAAACAUUGGUGUAUGUGUACUAACUAUGUAAGUAAAGAAGUCAUGUCACAUGGCUUUUUACAGAACAUUUUGGGUGUUGGCUGCAAGUUUUUACAUUAAAAACCUGUGUCAUCACACCUCUCAAUAUUUAGUAUGUCAAAGUCGGAACCAUUUAUCCCCUCAUGAAGGGUAUUAAAUUUUUUUUGUGUGGGUUAACUGUA